AUGAAGCUGUCCGGUUCCGCUCAUUAUUCGCUCCUCCUCUGGUCUGCUAUCGUCGGAGUGUCCAACGCUGCCUCGGACCAUAACUCUCAUCUCAAUGAUGACACGCCUUGUAUCGCACGAUCACCGACGAGCGGCCUCUACUUUGAUCUCAAUGCGAUCUCGCUCUCACCACCUGAAAUGAAGAAUGGCAAGAAGAUCCAGAAAGACGCGCGAGACGAAAGCUGGCACGCCAGGGGGCACGACUACCCCGCAAAUUUCACGAUCAACAUAUGCGCGCCGGUCAUUGAAGAUAUCAAGGAUGUGGUCGGAGUAGAGUCGUCGCAUUGGAAGAAUGUCAGCGCAUAUUACGAGCAGGCGGGGAAGAUAUACUCGAUAGGUGAGCAAGCUUCCGAGCCCUUCUUCCGGGGUCGCAAGCUCGUCCUCAAUUAUACGAAUGGCUCCCCAUGUCCCGGUGAUUACAACACCGCCAGCAGCAAGAACUCCUCUGCGCGCACCAAGUCCACCAUAAUGUCCUUCCUCUGCGAUCGUGACGCACCUGCAAACACGGCUACUCCUUCCUUUGUCGGUACCAUGGAUUCAUGCACAUAUUUCUUCGAGGUUCGCAGCUCUGCUGCAUGUGGCGGAAUCGCAGUGGACCCGAAUGCUGGUGGACUGGGACCAGGCGGAGUCUUCGGUGUAAUCAUGCUCAUUGCUGUGGCUGCUUAUCUGAUCGGUGGCUGUGCGUAUCAACGGACAGUCAUGCACCAGCGCGGUUGGCGCCAGUGUCCCAACUUCAGCCUUUGGGCAGGCAUGUUCGAUUUUAUCAAGGAUAUGUUCGUCAUCAUCUUCUCGUCACUCGGGAGAUGUCUCCGUAUCAAGCGAUCCCCCUCCAGUAGUGGCUACGUGCGCGCUGAUGGUGAGGGCCGUGGAGGCUUUAUCGGUGCGAUCGGUGGCCGAGGGGUCGGUCACGGUGGGCGUCGGGAUGUCGAUGCUGAGAAUCGUCUGAUAGAUCAGCUUGACGAGGAGUGGGAUGACUAG